AUGGCCCUCGGCUGGAGACAUAUCCCUGGCGCUGUACAUCGGACUCUUGCCGGUCGCCGUUUGCCUUGCUCGGCGCUUCUAAGACGGACGAUAUUGGACUCCGGCUUUUCUACCUCGACGAAAUGCCAGUCGUAUGAAGAUACGCUGCCGAAUCUCAAGAUAGGAUCGCACACGCGGGUUCUCUUCCAAGGGUUUACUGGUAGGGUCUUCCCUGUAACGAUUUCGGCAACGGCCAAUGUCAAGGAAUCGCUGGCAUGGGGAACCAAGAUCGUAGGAGGCGUAAAGCCCGGGGUUGAGGGUGAACAUCUGGGAUUGCCCAUCUUCCCAUCCGUCCGCGUGGCGCAAGAGAAGAAAAAACCAGAUGCUUCGGCGGUAUACGUACCCGGAAGCCAAACAGCCAAAGCCAUCGAGGAAGCCCUGGAGGCAGAAAUACCCCUUGUUGUCGCUGUUGCGGAACAUGUUCCCAUCCACGACAUGCUAAGGAUCUAUUCCAUGCUAAAAACGCAGUCCAAGACACGCCUCGUCGGCCCAAAUUGUCCAGGGAUCAUAUCGGCUAUUGGGAAAUGCAGAAUUGGCUUCCAACCUCUUCCUUGCUUUGCGCCAGGGAACGUCGGAAUCGUAGCCAAGUCAGGUACGCUGGGCUACGAGACUGUUGCAUCGACGACAAGGGCUGGGUUAGGCCAGAGUCUAUGUAUCGGUAUGGGCGGCGAUGUCCUUGCUGGAACGGACUUUGUAGAUGCGCUGAAGGUUUUUGAGCACGAUGAUGAUACGCAUGGCAUUAUCAUCGUUGGGGAAAUAGGGGGCGAGGCAGAGAUGGAGGCUGCAGAGUGGAUUACGAGAUAUCGUGCCAGGAACGCAAACGCUAAGCCGAUUAUGGCACUCGUCGGUGGUAUUGAAGCCCCGCAGGGACGAGUAAUGGGCCAUGCGGGUGCGUGGACAGAGCCUGGAGAUCCAGAUGCUAGGACGAAGAUACGGGCAUUACAGUCUGCUGGAGUAGUUACUGUUGACCACCCUGAGAAAUUUGGCGAGGGUAUGAAGAAGUUACUGGCCAGGACUCCUAGAAGACCUACAUUAACACCAUCUGGGACUGUCCAGCAGCGAGCAUCCUAUCACACCAUCACUAGGCGUCCUCAAGGACUAACCUCAUUUUAUCCUCAACGGAGGACUCUAUACAUAAAAUCAUCCGAUGCAUUCAGCCUACUCAAAGAGAAAAAUAUUUCUGUCCAUGAAACUGAAGAACCCGCCAAAUUCACCCUUACCGUCGCCAUAGACCGUAAAUCUCGCGGCCCAUGCAUAAAAGUCACCAGAUUAGGCCCAGAUGCAAACGGCAUGACCUACCAGUUUCCAUUCAGCUAUAACGUCCGCGACUUUGACGAAGCAUCUAUCGCCAGCACUCUAGACUUGGAAAACUACCAUCCAUCAGCCACCGAAUCGUUUGAGAAGCUACUGCACGCAUUAAUGGAUAUCUUCGUGACCACCGAAGCGUUCCUGCUUGAAGUGAAGGUUGGGGUCACAGAAGAUACGAAGGGCUUGCACGUUCUCGAUGCGCGGUUCGGGUUUGAUGAUGCCGCGUAUUGUAGCUCUGGCAGACAGGGUGAUAUCCAUGCCUUGAGGAAUAAGGCAGACGAGGUUCCGUCGGAGGUCGAGGCGGAGAAAGACGGCAUCGUUUAUAUCACUCUCCCUGGAGAUGGCCAUAUCGGAACACUAGUAAACGGCGCCGGUUUAGCUAUGAACACCGUUGAUGCCCUGACCCUGCACGGCGGGAAGUGCGCCAACUUCCUCGACACGGGCGGCAAGGCUACUUCGGAAACAGUAAAGUCCUCGUUCCGCAUCAUCCUCUCUGACCCACGGGUGAAGAGCAUCUUCGUGAACAUCUUCGGCGGCCUGACACGAUGCGAUAUGAUUGCCGAGGGCAUCAUCAUGGCCUUUCGCGACUUGGGCAUGAAAGUACCUGUCGUCGUUAGACUGAGAGGGACGAACGAGGAGCUUGGUCAAAAAAUGAUUGCGGAGAGCGGACUGCCGCUGCAUGCUUUUGACUCUUUUGAACAGGCGGCAAAGAAGGUCAUCACUCUUUCAACGGUAGAAUCUAGAUAG